GACCGAAAAAAGUCUACGACGAGAAUUCGAUGACAGGAGUCCGACGACCGAAGUCUGGAAUCCGGUGACUGAAAUCCAACGACUGAAUACCAGAAUCCGAUGAAAUUAGUAUUAAGGGGUUUUAGCCUGAAACAUAUAUAAAACGACACCGUAUCUCUCCCAUUUCCACGGCGCUUAAGAUGACACCAAGACGGCGAAAGUGAAAUCCUCUGCCAGCCAUGGAGAGCAGACUCUCAGCCUCUCUAGGCCUCCCCUCCCCAAACCCCGACCACCACCACCACCGCCACCGCUCCCAAUCCUCCGAUGACUUCCACAACCUCUUCACCCUCUUCACCCCACCCACCACCACAUCCCACAUCCCCUUCUUCGCCUCCACCACCACUAAAUGGGCCUCCAAGACCCGCCCGCCCAAGGCCCAAACCAUCAUGAAAAACCUCUCCGUCCUCGAACGCGCCCUCAUCGGCGCCGGCGCCGGCGGUAUCGCCGGAGCCUUCACCUACUUCUGCCUCCACCCCCUCGACACCAUAAAAACCAAGCUCCAGACCAAAGGCGCCUCCGACGUCUACGCCAACGCCUUCGACGCCGUCCUCAAGACCUUCCAGACCAACGGCCUCCUCGGCUUCUACAGCGGCAUCUCCGCCGUCAUCGUCGGCUCCACCGCCUCCUCCGCCGUCUACUUCGGCACCUGCGAGAUGGGGAAAUCAUUCCUCUCCAAAUUACCAAACUACCCUCCCGUCCUCAUCCCGCCCACCGCGGGCGCCAUGGGCAAUUUCGUCUCUUCGGCCAUAAUGGUGCCGAAGGAGCUCAUCACGCAGCGGAUGCAGGCCGGCGCCAAAGGCCGGUCCUGGCAGGUGCUGCUCAAGAUCGUCGAAAACGACGGCGUUUUGGGCCUCUACGCAGGCUACUCUGCCACAUUGCUCAGAAACCUCCCUGCUGGGGUUUUGAGCUACUCUUCUUUCGAGUACUUGAAAGCUGCGGUUCUGAGCAAGACGAAGCAGGCCCAAAUGGAGCCCAUUCAGAGCGUGAUUUGCGGGGCCCUCGCCGGGGCUAUCUCGGCAUCCAUCACCACGCCGCUGGAUGUGGUGAAGACCAGGCUGAUGACUCAGAAUGUGAACAAGGUGGCUGCUGUGGUGCAGAGUGGGGUUUCGGAGACGGUGAAGCAGAUUCUGAAAGAGGAAGGGUUGGUGGGAUUCACUAGAGGAAUGGGGCCGAGGGUGCUGCAUAGUGCUUGCUUUUCGGCAUUGGGGUACUUUGCUUUCGAGACGGCUAGGCUUGCGAUUUUGAAUGAGUAUAUUAAGAGGAAGGAGUUGCAAGAAAUUGGUGACGCUCCGGCUUGAUGUUCCGGUAUCUCUUUUUUGUUUUUGCUCUGCUUCUGCUGUCCCAUCCCAGAAACAAAGAGGACUUAUGUUGAAGCGUUCAACAGUGCACACAAAAUGCAACGGUGGGGAGCUGCUUUUACACUAUGAUCCAAUAUGGUUGAACUCUGUAGGAUGCAUUUUAUAGGAGGAUUUGUGGGGAAUUUGGUUUGG